UUUUUCCAAGUGAAGUUCAUAAGAAAAUCAUCAAUAUAUCAACAAAGUGGCCUGGAAAAUCGUUGUCAUGGCUGUAGAUUUUCCUCAUUCGGUCUGAGCCAACCGAGCUGUGUAGAACUCCAAGCCUUGCUAAAAGAAAUUGUUCUACUACAUAAAGAAAUAGUGAGAAAAUCCGAGCUAAAAUAUUCAGUGCAAAAAUGUCGAUCUUUGAUCAUCCGGACCAGCUGAAGUUGCUGCAGGACCUACUGAAUCCCAAUCAAAAGCGAGGCGGCAUCGAUUACAGCAGCAGUGAGGAUGAGGAUGAGUCCAUGGUGGUUCAUAAGCUGAAUCCUGGUGGCAUUGGGCGUAGCAAGGCGGCAGAUCCUGCUGGCAAAAGUAAAAAGAAACCCAAUCCUUUGGCGACUCCUUUGGUGGAGGAGGAGAAAAAACAGCCUGAGAAUCUGGAAGAAUGGCAGGAGCAGCAGGAGCGUGAGGAAAACGAUAUUCUGGAAAGCCGAAAGAGUCCAGAGUAUACGAUGACCUAUCGCCAGGCUGUGGGCACCGAGGACGUUUUCCUGCAGAUGGGCAAUCGCACUGGCUCCUCGGCCAGCUGUGAAGAUCUUAUCCUGGAGAUUUCCCUGCCUGAUGAAGAAAUGAGCGCCGAAAAAAUGUCGCUUAACUUGCAGGAAACUGAAGUGGAUCUGGGUACCUGCUUAUAUCGCCUACGAUUGCCGCUUCCCCAUCCUGUCGAUGUGGACCGAUGUCAGGCGAAGUACGACAGCGAGCUCAAGAAGCUGCGGCUCACUUUGCGCCUAAAACGGGAGCUAGACUACGUUAAUUUUUAAAAUCUUAAAUAAUUUCCAUUUAUUGUUUCUUACACAUUACUAACACCAACUUCCACACGUAAGUUGAUGAAUUACCAAACAUUAUCACCAAAAUUAUAGUGUGACCGAAUCCGAAUGAAAAAUUAACAUAUACG